AUGCCUGGAAAACUCGUUAUUGAAAGACCGUUGAGUCCGGGAGAAAACUUCUUCCGGUGCCGGACGAAUCAAGGCUUCUACUAUAACUUCGCUAGUGUCGCUGCCUUCUCCAGGGACGUGACCCAGGAUUUACCUUUGUUGUUCCGAGCACUCAGAAAAUCACUUUUGGACUAUCAUGUGUUCAUAUGCAAUGUUUUCAGGGACCCCGAAGCGGAGGCCAGUCUCGUGCGGCCCAUGAAAAUGGCCAGCUUUGGCGAUCUUGUGCAGUUUCAGCCAGAGCUGUUUUCCCCACAUGGGGCCCCGGUGCCCGAAACGUGUCUUCAUGAUCUCUGCAGAACAGAGCUCUUUCAUUUGAACGUGGAAAAGCCGCUUUUCAAAAUCUUCGUGUACGGCACGCACGAUGUAGCAGCGGCGUUUGAACACACGCUAUUUGACGGCGUGGUGGCGCUGUAUUUGCAGGAGAUUCUUCUUGAGAACUUGGCAUACUGCGAUGACCCGGCAAACUCCCGCGAGUACUCCGAAAAAUAUGGACCGGCGCCAGCUUGUGUCGAUUUGUCCACUGUGAUCUUCAGCUAUUCCGACGAUGCAAAGUACUUGUGCAACUCGCUCCCACCGCCUUUGGAGACCGUGAUGCAGGAUCUCAAUGUAGACUUCACGGACAACGAUCCCCGCCACUACUCCCGAGUAGCCCCUGAGGGAUACCCGGAGAAGUGGCCGGGCAGGUUCCCUGCAUCGAAAGACGUGCACGUGGCGUUCAAGACAAUCAACAUACCCGCGGGCGAUUUUGCCCGGGUCUUGGAAAAAUGCAAACAAAACGGCGUCACGUUCACGGCGUACCUCAACUUGAUCCAGGCGCUUGUGUUGCGGCCAAUCUUCGGGGAGAAGCACCAUAGUCUGAGCUUGGUGGCCAUCACUUUGCGCCGGUUCCUUUCGCCCGAGAAAGUGGCCGACGGGUAUAAGGACAUUGUGGCCAGAAGCGACUACCGCAUCUGCGGCAUGUAUGCCAACAUGGGUGUGCCGGAACUCCUUCCUCCAGUGCAGCAGUUCUCGUGGGAUCACGUGCGUGCCAUCAACGGCAGGUUGGCCCAAAGCGUCAGAAACGAUAGGCUCUUGAGCAUGUCCAGGCGGUGGUAUUUGGAGUCCAGUCCCGAGGGAGACAACGCUGAGUUUUUUGGUCCUGCCUUGGGCAAAAACGUUGCUGACGCAGUGAAGAUAUCCAACUUGGGCCUUGCCCGUUUUCCUGUGUACGGGAACAAUAGUGGAAAGGAGCCCUGGACCGUGAACGACAUCGUUUUUGCUCAGGACCUUGCACCUAAUGCUGCACACUUUGUUUUCAACGCGGUCUCUUCUGCUCGGGGAGGCCUCAACAUCGUCAUGUCGUACUUCGACCACCGGUUUGAUGAUUGUGAGCACGAGAAUUUCGACGCGUAUCCUGGGAUGUUGAAGCGUCUUUUGCUUGAGCACGCGGGCCUUUGA